CGACAGCACCGUGUCCAAGCUGGAUACCCAGCAGGGGCACAUGCGACAGAAUAUACAGCCAGAGCACAUUCACCAUCAUGACCCUCUGGUCAGGUGAUGUUGUGACUUCCAGAAAUGGAAGCACUUGCCUGUGUGGAUAAGCUAAGUACCUCCAGACCGUGGAGGAAGCAUGCUGUUUAGUAUAGCGCUCUGAUGACUAUGUGACCGGGCAAGCUGAGUAGCUGAGAUCAAACAUCGUUGCUUCAGAAAGCUCUUAACCAUACAUCUACGGAAAGAAGUUUGGAGCUACAAACUUUGGCGCCAUGCUAAUCCUGAAGGCUUGACAUCACUCUGGUCAAAUAAUGGACACAACAACUCACUUUCCAUUCCCGAAAGAGUGAAGGAUAAAUUAUUAGAGCUGUCUAAGAAAUUCUGUCGUCAGCUGGGCUGACUUCUAAAUCAUCAGUGGCUUAAAGAAACAGAGUUUUCUCAAAAACCCAGGCAAUUAUAUACUGUCAUUGCCGAAUAUGGCUCCCGGCUCUAUAAUUACCAGGCCAGACUCCGCAUGCCUAAGGAGCAACAGGAACUUUUGAAGAAAGAAAGCCAGACUUUGGAGAACAAUUUUCGUGAAAUUCUGUUUUUAAUUGAACAAAUAGAUGUUCUGAAGGCGUUGCUUAAAGACAUGAAGGACGGCGUACACAAUCACAGCUUUCCUGUUCACCGAGAUGCUGUGCAGGACCAGGCCACUACUGACGUUCUAGAUGAGGAAAUUUCAAACUUGGUACAUUAUGUGCUUAAAAAGUUCAGAGGGGACCAAAUACAGUUGGCUGAUUAUGCCCUGAAGUCAGCAGGAGCCUCUGUCAUUGAAGCUGGGACCUCAGAAAGUUACAAAAAUAAUAAAGCAAAACUGUACUGGCAUGGCAUAGGGUUCCUCAACUAUGAGAUGCCUCCGGAUAUGAUACUUCAGCCAGAUGUCCACCCUGGGAAGUGCUGGGCCUUUCCAGGUUCCCAGGGUCACAUCCUGAUUAAGCUCGCCAGGAAGAUCAUCCCAACAGCAGUUACCAUGGAGCACAUCUCGGAGAAGGUGUCCCCUUCAGGAAACAUCUCGAGUGCACCCAAGGAGUUCUCUGUCUAUGGCGUUAUGAAGAAAUGUGAAGGAGAAGAAAUAUACCUAGGUCAGUUUAUUUAUAACAAAAUGGAAGCAACCAUUCAAACAUUUGAGCUCCAGAAUGAAGCUUCUGAAUCUUUGCUAUGUGUAAAACUUCAAAUCCUUAGCAACUGGGGACAUCCGAAGUAUACGUGUUUGUACCGAUUUAGAGUCCACGGCAUCCCCAGUGAUUACACUUAGAAGAGGUGGUGAAGAAGGCAGUGGCUGUGCAGCCAGAAUGUCCAAGGAUGUUUACUAUUUCCUUACGUCAGAUUGCACCCCUAAGAAUCAAAGAUUGGGAGUGGGAGGGAAACCCCAAACCCAUUCCUACUAGGCAGUAAGAAUUGAAUGAAUUUUACUAAUAAAAAAAAAUGAAAGUCAAUCC